AAUCCGUUCCCUCCCCUGAAAGUCCUUGGUUUAUCAGGCAAAGGGAAAAAUUCCUGAGAGGGGGGUCAGAGAAGAACGGAGAGCAAAGAGGAGCAGCCGUACCAGAAGACCUGCUCCCUGUUUUAACUUCUUCCCUGAUUGUUCCGUCACCCUCUCUACCUGAAAAUGUUUGAGCAAGUUCAAACCUUCCUACGCCACAUCCAGGACUUUAAACCCAGUUCCCUGGGGCCCCAUCACAAAGAGAGCCCCUCUCAUCAGGAAGACGCGGGUCUCUUAGCUCGGCUGACCCAUGGUGAGGUUGGGAGUGUCUUCCGCCAGGCGGGAAACAGGGUACGCAUGAAAAUCCGGAAUCGCAAGGAGGCAGGCGUUUCCAGUGAUUUAAACUCUGCUGAUAUCGAAGUGGGGGAAUGUCCAUGGAGUCCCACCUCCCACCUCACUCAGCCUCAGGAGUCUGGCCAGUAUUCAGUGGAGCUGCUACGAGGGCCCAGCGGCUUCGGAUUCAGUCUAAGGGGCGGAAGUGAAUAUAAUAUGGACAUCUAUGUCUUAGCUCUUAUGGAAGGUGGGCCAGCCCAGCAAUGUGGCAAGAUUCAGGUGAGCGACCAGCUGGUGGAAAUCAACGGGGAAUCCACAGCAGGAAUGACGCACGCCCAGGCGGUGGAACACAUCCGCAGCGGUGGGAGCCGAAUACGACUGGUGCUGAAGAGGGGCAAUGGAUUCAUCCCCGACUAUGAUCGUGUGUUCAGCCAGAGUUCCACUAAGACACAGCAGCAGGUGCUAGAGGCCGAGGACAAAGCCAGGCACCGGCACAGGAAACCAAACCGGUCGAUGGUCUCCCAGCAUGUGGGACAGAACCUCGGCGAUGGAGAUGACAGAGAAGCAGCAGUCUGCGACGUCAGGCAGCAGCUCCCUCGAGUCCACCAGUCUGGCCAGUUGCACCAGACCUCCAGCAAGGCUCAGGGAGAGGAAGAAGAGGACAGAGAACAGGGCCGGAGGCCUCAUAAGCAGGAAACGAACAGGGAGAGCGAGAGUGACAACCACAAGCUACUUUCUCCCCGGCCUAGCAGGAAAUUGCGGUCAGACUUGGUCCCUGGGCCUUGGCUAGUACCCAGUAAGGAACGACUGUCCCGGGCCCUCUGGGGGGUCUGUAUGGGACAAGGAGAGGAAGAAGUACAAAAAGGCAACCCAGGGAGAGGGAAGGGCCUGGAGGUAAAGAGACGGAGUUAAGCCAAGUAACGUUGGGCUCAGUACAAUCACGUUAAGGACUACGCAGUGCCUGGCAAUGGUUAGUGGCACUGACCAUCUCCAUCCGGAUUAGGCCAUAUUCUCCUUUCCAGUGUUGGUUUUUGUUCAGGGUCUUCUCCUCCACUCACACUAUGCAAAGGGAUUUUUCGUUUUUGCUCUCCCCCAUCCCAUUUUUCUCACAACCACACUAUGCAAUGACAGCUUUCAGAAGCCGCUUCGUGCAGUUCUCCCGGAAUUGGGCAGCAGAAUUUUCAAUUCUCUGGCCGCCAUUCCCUUUUCCCAAGAACUGUUGAACGGUGUUUCCAUUGCUACAAUUUCCAACCCUUCGUGGUCUGCAGCUUUCCAAAGCCAGUGUUUUUGAAAUGACGUUUGUAGAAAUGUCUGGGCUCCUGAGAUUUACCCGGCCUUUUUUUUUCCAAUGAGAGAGAAAAAAAAAGAUCACUAUUGGCAGGUGAGUUACCUGUGGAGCAGUUUAUUGCUCCUUUUGGUCUGCCCAAGGUAGAUUUUUUGUCACGUCUGCAGAAUAUUCUGCAGCCUACAGAUAUUUCCAGUGUCCAUUUCAGGGAAUUUACAUGGAGAUGGGCUUGAGUUAUACUCUAUCCCGCAAACAUGUCGUGGAUUCGCCUGUAACAGCCUUCUGGAGGGAAGCUGAGUCUUGGGUGGAUAUUUUGCUGCUGUAUAUUAAUUUUCACUGAUUAAUCGUUUUCUGAUUUCUCAGGAAGUCUGUGGAGCAGCCUUACCCAACUUGGUACAAAUGUGUCAGCACAUGAGAAUUCCUAAUGGUGGGGAAUUCUGGAACCUUUAAACAUCUAGCAGGCACCAGUAAAGGCUUCUCUGAAGCAUUUAAAAUCGCUGUUCAGGUGUCUUUCCCUCCCUCUAUCUUUCAUGGCCAUGCAGUAGAGGGGCUGCUGCCGCUGCCACCCACCCACCCACCCUCUCUCCAUCCAAUAUAGCACAAUCACUCUUUUUGCUGGGGUGACCGGCUGUCCUCUUUGCCCAUUCUGCUCACUCAAGCUAAGAACUACAAAGGCCGGGGUACCGUUUUCUCCUCGGCCACCCAAAAGGCAGUUAUGUUCUCUACUUUGCUAGGGGCAUCCGUAGCCAAAUGAAGGAGCAUGAAACCUCCUGUGUGCAUAAAACAAACUUUGUGUGCUGGGGGAGUGGGGAUUCAUAACAGCCUGUGACCCUCUGGUUCGAUUGCCGCCAACAGGAAGUUUCACGUGCCCCAGCCAGUCACAGGCGCACCCUGGCCCUGUUAGCCAGCAUGGUUUGUUUGGCUUCUGUCUGUGGUGGGUUUCUGUGCUGCUGAAAACGCACAGCUCUUGGCAAAGGAUUGUGGCAAGAGGAAGCCAGACAAAGCAUCUCUAACAUCUCUCGAGCGGGAAGUGCAGUGUCAGUAAAAGCAAGGGGCGGAAAAGUUUUGACCUAAAUUGCUUGAUUGACAGUCGUUUGCUUCUCAUCAGAUCUAUUGUUCACCACCUUCCCUUGACGUCGAAGACUCAUCACGGCGUACUGGGGAGGUCGGAUGUUGGCCCAAGCUUUAAACAUGCAGGCAUACAAUUCUGCCUUGUGCUCUCUCUCUGUCUCUCUUUUGGGAUGUGGGAGAUAUCAUGUGCAUUGCAUGUAGUGUGCAAAUAUGAUCCAAUGUGAAAUGUGCAUGUGUCUGCAAGAUGCAUAUCGAUGAAUAUUUGGCUGGGCUUGUGCUUCACACAAAGUUCAGGAAUCACUCAUGUGUACAUGCAGAUCCAUGCUGCUUUGCAUGCCAAAGCCAUGAGGCAUCUAAGAACUCAACCAAAUUGCAUCCAGAAGGCGCACCGUGCAAGGUUUCAGAAGCUAGCUAUCGUGCAAUACUGCCACCCACAUUUCCUGUGCAAAGAAAUGCUAGUUUUACCAAUCUGGAGGGAAACCACAUCCCUCAACCCCAAUAGGGCCUGAUUCUGUGGUGCAUUUACAGAGGUUGGCUGUUUUGGUUCCACCACAAAACUGCGUUCAACUAAAGCGCGCUCGACGAAACUGCGUAGCUGACGUCAUCAACAGG